CGCCAUAGAUAAUUAUCAGCUGAUCCAUUCGUUGGUAAUGGUAUCAGUAUCAGGGUUAACAGUUGAAGUUUACGUUUCGUACUUUCGUUUAUUUGUCUCUGUCGGAGAGUGUACUCUAUUUAGCACAUGCAAUUAAAGAUACAUAUCCUCCUUGAUACCAGCGAAAGAUCUUGCCAAAAAUUCUUUGCGUGUGACGUAUAGCACUGAGUUCCAGUGAGCUAAGUGCGUUUGCAAACAAUCACGAGAAAGAUUGAUUGAGAACUGGAAGAACGGAAAGGGAAACAUGCAGAAGGUCGACAGCAAGUUACAGGAGAAAAUUGACGAAUGGCUUGAAUGGGACAAGAAUGAAGGCACUACCCAAGAGAUCAAGUCACUCUGUGCAUCUGGUAAUUAUGAAAAGUUGUCAGAUAUUUUAUUAAAUCGCCUUGAAUUUGGAACAGCCGGCUUGCGAGGACGAAUGGGGACCGGUUAUGCUCAAAUGAAUGAUUUAGUCAUUAUACAGACGACACAAGGAUUUACAUCUUAUUUGGAAGAGGUAACAAAACAGUCACCUGCUGCAAUGAAUAGUGUUGUUAUUGGAUAUGAUAGUCGCCACAACAGCAAAAGAUUUGCUCAGUUGGCUGCGAACAUUCUCAUACGCAGAAAUGUGCAAGUGUAUUUGUUCUCACAAAUAUGUCCAACACCAUUUGUUCCAUUUGCCAUUCUGCAUUUCAAAUGUGCUGCUGGAAUCAUGGUAACUGCAUCACAUAACCCUAAGGAUGACAAUGGAUACAAAGUAUAUUGGAGCAAUGGUGCACAGAUCAUAUCUCCUCAUGACAAGAACAUACAGAAGCAUAUUUUAAAUAAUCUUUGCCCCUGGGAAAAUUCUUGGGACACAUCAAUAUUACAAAGUAGUCCUCUCAUGAAAGACCCUCUACGAGAAGUGUGGGAUGCAUACUAUAGCAGAAUUCAAGAUGACAUAUUGUUUGCAAAUUUAAAUGCUAACACAUCAGUUAAAUUUACGUAUACACCACUGCAUGGUGUUGGAUAUCCGUAUAUGUUACAGGCUUUUAACACAGCCAAUUUUAAGCCAUUUAUAGUAGUUGAAGAACAGAAGGAACCUGAUCCAGAAUUUCCCACUGUAAAAUUUCCAAACCCAGAGGAAGGAAAAAGUGCUCUGAAUCUUUCUUUCACCACAGCAGAGGCUCAUGGAAGUACCAUUAUUAUUGCCAAUGAUCCUGAUGCUGACAGAGUGGCAGUAGCUGAGAAGUCUUCUUCUGGUCUCAUUUUCAGAGGUGAUGCAUGGCACGUAUUUACUGGAAAUGAGUUAGGUGCCUUGUUAGGAUGGUGGAGCCUUUUUUGCUUCAGAAAACGCUUCCCGGAGACGGAUAUGAAAGAUGUUUAUAUGAUGGCCAGCACUGUCUCUUCAAAAUUUUUGAGGUCCAUGGCAAAUGUGGAAGGAUAUAAUUUUGUGGAAACACUGACAGGCUUUAAAUGGAUGGGAAAUAAAGCUGACCAACUUAUUGCAGAAGGGAAGCAUGUUAUCUUUGCAUUUGAAGAAGCAAUUGGAUUUAUGUUUGGAACAGCAGUGCUUGACAAAGAUGGAAUUUCAGCUGGAAUACGUGUAGCUGAAAUGGUGGCGUAUUUGCAAUCAAACCAGUUGACCCUCGCUGAUAAGCUGAAUGAUCUGUAUACAAAAUAUGGUCAUCACAUAAGUAAAAAUUCUUACUUCAUAUGCCAUAAACCAGAGAUAAUGAAGAAGAUAUUUGAAAGGUUACGGAACUUUCAAGAUGCACCAGGCACUUAUCCAGGAUCACUUUUACAAGGAAAGUACCAAGUAAUUGGUGUUAGAGAUCUUACAACUGGUUAUGAUUCCUCACAACCAGAUAAGAAAGCUCUGCUGCCUACAUCAAAAUCUAGUCAGAUGCUGACUUUCACAUUUAAGAAUGGACUAGUUGCUACCCUGCGUACUAGUGGUACUGAACCAAAACUCAAAUACUACACAGAGCUCUGUGCGUCACCAACUGAACAGAAUAUUGAAGUACUCAAAGAUACCUUAGAAGAUAUGAUCAAAGGCAUUAUUGAAGAAUUUCUGCAACCAGAAGUUAAUGGGCUCAUCCCAAGGCAAUAAAAACAUGUAAUAACUGUAUUGUCUUCACGUGUACAAUUACAAAUGUACUUGUAUUUA